CAGAGAGCAGUGGCUAUGCUAUCCAGAGGUCUAUCACGAAGAAGCGCAACACGAAAGCAAUUCAACACCACAAGCUUCCUCCCUACCCCUUCCGGCUUCCCCACAUCCCAGACCACUCCAGCACCGGCCAAGCGCCGGGCCGGCACAAGAUGAACCAGCUCUCUCUCCUCCACCGCGCCCUCCACCUACCUCGCCUCCCUCCCAGACGCCGCCAUGGCUUCACCACCGCCGUCCGAGCCCGCCUCUCCUCCGCUGAACCCACUCCACGACAGCAAGCAGCAGGGCGCCACGCCAUAGCACCCCAAGCAAGCAUCGAGCCAGCCGCAGCGCUCGAGGAUGACCAGCUGCGGCUAACCCCCGCGGCGGUGGACGACGGCGGCAGGACGUGCGCGCUGCCGACGUGGGCGCUCAUCGGCGGCAUCACGGCGGGCGUGGCCGCGGCGCUCGCUCUCUCGGCCGGCGCGGGCCCCGCUCUGGCGCUGGGGCCGGAGGGCCCGCUGGUGGAGGAGUUCUGGGACAACAUGCGGCGGUACGCGCUGUACGCGGUGACGGUGAGCACGGGGGUGGCGUACACGGUGCUGCAGCCCAUCGUGGAGCUGCUCAAGAACCCUGUCACGGCGCUGCUCAUCGUGGUGAUCCUCGCCGGUAGCGGCUUCCUCGUGUCGCAGGUGCUCACCGCCAUGGUCGGCAACUCCGACUUCAUCUACAGGUACGAGCAGUAGCCGCCGUGUCGUGUGUGGUGGUGGUGCUAAGCCUGUGCCGGCGGAUGGAGAUGUGCACGUGUGGGUUGUACUCGUGCUGAAAGUUCAAACCCGCGAGCAAUAGUCGUGUAACUGAGAACGCCUUCUCUUUUUAGCUAGUACAAGGUGAUACGAUCAAGGUUGUAUUUCGUCAGUCUAUCAGUCUGUUUGAUGUCACUUUGAGCAGCUUGGCAACUUGCAUUUUGUUCUCCUU